CUGCCUUACCACACUAGCGUUAUUUUACUUUGUUCAGUAGAACAAAACUACUUUCUACGGAAUGCAUAGAUCAGCUUUGACAGAAGAUACAGGUGCCCUUCCGCUGCCCGUCAAUGGAUUGCACAAAUAUAAUGAUGACUACAUUUCCCAGUUAGUACGUCGCCUUGAGGAACUUGACAUCUCAAGAGGAAAACCAAACCAUCAGCCCCAAGUGCACAACUGCAAUGGAAGUCUGGUAAGGGAGGACUAUCGCUGCAGUAGCAACCUAGAAUCACCCUUAGUUCUAGAGGAGCUCUCUGGCACGAGACCAAGAAUGCUGACACAGAGGUGGCGUGACCAUCUGAAGCCGCAGUUCGUCACUGGUGGGGACUUCUAUCAGCAGACACAAGGACCGCAGCAGCAGGACGCAGUCAAGAGUGCCGAUUUGCUGAGAAUCACCCCCAUCCAGGUCUCAAGCAGCCAGGGGGUCCAGAGCAGGUGGUGGGUUAACAGAGAGUGGACCAGCGUUUCUGACCUUUGGGGUGCAGACAUUAAUGAGAGCAGCAGGGAACGGAUGGGCUACCACUCAAACGACAGCGACAUCUCUGACCAAGAGAAGGGAAACGCACGGUCCCGCUGGGCCAGUCCUAUCCAGAUGGACCUGAGACCUGAGCCCUUUGACAGGGAUCCAGACGACAUCUUGACCAGAGAGGCCACAGAAGCCCAGCAGGUUUAUCCUGAGGUUCUGCCAGGACCCCUGAAGUGGUGGCAUAUGGCUCUGAGCCUGUCGUCCCUCCCUGACGAGGGGGAUGCGGAGAAAGCAUGGCUUGGUUUGUAUACGCAGGACGCCUCCGUCGCCGCUAUCGUCUCCCGCUUGAUCGAGCUGGAGAGACUUCAAGCUGCCACGGUGUUGAAAGAACGGGUCAGGACAGGCCGAUCACGACCCGCCACGGCAGUCCCCAUCACAAGGUGCUGCUCGCGUCAGAGGAAACCGGACCCUUGUGACCCCCGGUCAGCGGUCUCGGGAAGAGGAGAGUGCAGGUCUGCGGUGUCCGUUUUCACAGACGUGGCUACUUCAGACAAGGCUUCCGUGACCCAGAAGAUGACGAAGUCAAGCGUUCAAACUAAACAGCGGCAGUCAAAGAUGGGCUCUAAGCACAAAGCUGGUCCCUCACACAGGCCUAGUUCAUGCUCUGAACUUAGAGCUGAAAAGCUUGCGCCAGGCCUUUCUUCAGGUUCAUCAACAAAACCAACUUCGCUCAAUAAAACCAAACGUUUAAAAGCUACCAAGAAGGAAAUAUCAAAGACGGGUCGCACAGGUUUUACAAAAGGACACAAAAGUAAGGCUUAAUAUAUCAAUGUAAUGAUCUUUACAUAUUUAAGUCAUGGGGGAUGUUAUUUGAAGUCUCCAUUGUAGUUAGCAAACACACAUGUAGUUUUAGGUAAUUAAGUCAAUACAGAGGUUGUGUCUGAUUAAUUCACAAGACUGGAUAAAGGUUACAAUCAUUCCAAUUUAUUUUUAAGUUUUAAGACAUGAUGUACUCCACAGUUUCUAUGCAUGUUCAUGCUUGCACCAAAGAGUUGUGACGUAAGAGUAGACAU